AUGGAUGAUAUCUACCAGAAAUACACCAUUCUAAAUACCUCUAAUGAAUACUUGCUCUUUUUCACUAACAAUUUCAAUGAUAUAACUUGCCAAAAAAGCGAUAUAAAUUACAAUAAUAUAAACCCAUCAAAAGAAAAUUCAGUUAAUUCGAUGAUUUUCAAUAGGAAAAUUGAAAAACUCUUACCUACGACCCACCGAUCAAUAUUAAAGAAUAAAGUCAAUGAAAAUUUGGAUUGGGAAUUGUCUGGGUCGAAAAAUUUGGACUCGGUUGAGUUUGAGGACUUCUACUCGAAUUUUAAAAAUAACGAACUAUUGAAAUUGAAUCAAGAACCUCUACUAAAUAAUCUAAGACUGAUUCAAUUGGAAAAUUAUUAUAAUUGUGUCAUUUGA